UCUCCCUCGCCCUCCUUGACCCCUCUAGGAACCUGCUGUCGCAGGGGCUUCUUUCCUUCUUGUCAAACUCUGAGGAGGAAGAGGCCCCAGGUGGCCUUUGAGGAUGUGGCUGUGUAUUUCACAGAAGAGGAAUGGAAUUUAUUGGAUUGGAACCAAAGAUCUUUGUACUGGAGUGUCAUGAUACAAAACUAUGAGAAUGUGUCCUCCCUCGGAGAUCUUCUGAUUCAUCUGAACAUUCACACAGGACAGAAAACAUACAAAUGCCUGCUGUGUGGGAAAUGUUUUACUCGGAAGUCAAAUCUUCUUGUUCAUCAGAGAAUCCACACAGGAGAGAAACCAUACAAAUGCCAGCAGUGUGGAAAAUGUGUUGCUCACAAGUCAAACCUCCGGUCUCAUCAGAGAAGCCACACAGGAGAGAAACCAUACAAAUGCCAGCAGUGUGGAAAGUGUUUUGCUCACAAGACAGACUUUGUGGCUCAUCAGAGAAGCCACACAGGAGAGAAACCAUACAAAUGCCAGCAGUGUGGAAAGUGUUUUGCUCACAAGUCAGACCUUUUCAGGCAUGAGAGACUCCACACAGGAGAGAAACCAUAUAAGUGCCAGCAGUGUGGAAUAUGUUUUGCUAGCAAGUCAAACCUUAAAAUACAUGAGAGAGUUCACACAGGAGAGAAACCACACAAAUGCCAGCAGUGUGGAAAAUGUUUUGUUUCUAACUCAGCCCUUGUGCGUCAUCAAAGAGUCCACACAGGAGAAAAACCUUACAAAUGCCAGCAGUGUGGAAAAUGCUUUGCUGACAGGUCAGUCCUUUUGAGACAUCAGAAGACAAAGUGUUCAAGUGUCAGCAAUGAGGAAAAUGUUUUGCUCAGGACUCAACCCCUUUUAAGGCAUCAGAUUGUCCACAGUGCAGAGAAAAUGGAAGUGUGACAUACUUUUUGUUUAUAGAGACAGCGUAUCUGAUUUCUAUCUUGCAAAACUAUUAGAAUUCUCUUUGAAGCUAGUUUUGUUUCAAAGCAUGUGAUUUUAAACUAUCUAGCACUUAUAUGUUCAUUCAAUAAAUCUUUGAAUUAAUUGGAGCAUUCUGCUUUCUAAUA